AAAUGCCUGCACUCAUGGCCUUGAGGAAACGUGCUCAGGGAGAGAAGCCACUGGCUGGAGCCAAGAUCGUGGGUUGCACCCACAUCACGGCUCAAACCGCUGUUCUCAUGGAGACCCUCGGUGCCCUGGGGGCUCAGUGCCGGUGGGCCGCUUGCAACAUCUACUCCACCCUCAACGAAGUGGCAGCUGCCCUGGCUGAGAACGGGUUCCCCGUCUUUGCCUGGAAAGGAGAAUCGGAGGACGAUUUCUGGUGGUGCAUAGACCGAUGUGUCAACGUCGAAGGCUGGCAGCCCAACAUGGUGAGCGCCGGGGGAAGGAGGGGGGGGCGGAGUCUGCCAGGGCAGCCAGCAGCACACGGGAGGGGCGAGGGCAAUUCG